GUGAUUGUAUCGACUAGAUCUGCGAUUGAUUCAUCAGGCCAAAAUGUAACGCACGCGCAAACACAGCUCUUCCUUUCUGCUAAACUCUUCGCAAUGGCUCCUGUGAAGAAGCAGAGCACCAAGGGGUCCAAGGGUGGCAAGAAGAAGAAGCAGGUCCUGAAGUUCACUCUGGACUGCACCCACCCUGUUGAAGAUGGCAUCAUGGAUGCUGCCAACUUUGAGCAGUUCCUCCAGGAGCGCAUCAAGGUGAAUGGGAAAGCUGGAAACCUGGGUGGUGGUGUGGUGUCUAUUGAGAGGAGUAAGAGCAAGAUCACAGUUUCCUCCGAGGUCCCCUUCUCCAAAAGAUAUCUGAAAUAUCUGACCAAGAAGUACUUGAAGAAAAACAAUCUUCGCGACUGGCUGCGUGUUGUGGCCAACACCAAGGAGAGCUACGAGCUGCGUUACUUCCAGAUCAACCAGGAUGAGGAGGAGGAGGAAGAUGAGGAUUAAACCUGUCUGCUGGAUUUUGUACAUUUAAUAAAUUCUUAGAGUACUU